AUGACGUUACCUUCUGCUAUUGUGCGAAACACUCGUCAGCUGAUUCAUCUACAUGCGCUACGAUGUGUAUCAAACUCACCCGCUGCCAAUGAGCCUCCACAAAAAUUCGAUAUUGCCGUGGUGGGCGGUGGCAUCGUUGGUAGCGCAACAGCUCGUCAGCUGAAAAUGGAAUAUCCACAAUUGAAAAUCUGCUUGCUCGAAAAGGAGAACAAAUUAUGUGAGUGA